GAGGGCGGGGCCUGGCCGCGGCGGCCUCCGAUAAUGUGGCCGGCGCCCUUCGCCGCGCUUCGGGUCAACGGGGUGGCCUUUUCGCGACUCCCGAGGCUUCGCCCGACCCGGGGGAAAAAUAUGGCGAAGAGCAAGUUCGAAUACGUGCGAGCCUUCGAGGCGGACGACACCUGCCUGCCGCACUGCUGGGUGGUCAUUCGGCUGGACGGCAGGAACUUUCACCGAUUUGCUGAUCAGCACAACUUUGCAAAGCCCAAUGAUGAUCGUGCUCUGCACUUGAUGAACAAAUGCGCCCAGGUUGUAAUGCAAGAACUAGAGGAUAUCGUGAUUGCAUAUGGGCAAAGCGAUGAGUACAGCUUCGUUUUCAAGAAGAUGAGUAACUGGUUUAAAAGAAGAGCCAGUAAGUUCAUGACUCAUGUGGCCUCCCAGUUUGCCUCCAGCUAUGUCUUUUAUUGGAAGGAUUACUUUAAGGACCAGCCCCUUCUGUAUCCCCCAGGCUUUGAUGGAAGAGUUGUGCUAUAUCCUAGCAACCAGAACUUGAAAGACUAUCUCAGCUGGCGACAAGCAGAUUGUCACAUUAAUAAUCUUUACAAUACAGUUUUUUGGAUGCUUGUACAGCGAUCUGGGUUGACACCAGUUCAAGCCCAAGAGAGAUUAAAGGGAACUCUUGCUGCAGACAAGAAUGAGAUUUUGUUUUCUGAAUUCAACAUCAACUACAAUAAUGAGUCCCCGAUGUAUAGAAAGGGAACCGUGUUAAUAUGGCAAAAGGUCAGUGAAGUCACAACAAAAGAAUCCAAACAACCAGAGGACAAAGAAGAGCAAAAAGUGGAAGUGACUCGGACAAGGACGAAAGUUGUCCCGUUGCACUGUGAUAUCAUCGGGGAUGCCUUCUGGAAAGAGCACCAGGAGAUUCUUGCUGACGACAGCUGACCGUCCAUCUGCCCUUUCAUCGCUGGUACGCUUAACUGUUCCCGUCCAGGCUCCUCUUCCUUUUUGAUGCAAAACUCUUCUAGAAAUGGAGUGUAGUUCCGCUGCCGGGGACCUGACUCGUUUCCGUGGGGCAGUUGCAAGAGGGUAGGUUGGGGCGGUGUCAGAAGAAGAGCACCUCGCCUUGGCUAUGGGUUUGUGCAAAUAAAAAAGUGUGUUGCUGUUUUUACAAACCAAGAAAUAUUUCUGUCUCGUAGGAUUGAUCCUGUUGGGUGCUCCAUCUUUUAAACUGGGGUGUAAUUCAUUUUUAAAAUGCAGUGGGUUUCUAGCUAUUGGUUUAAAGUAGAGAAAUCUGGUUCUCUUCCUCCUUUUUACUUGUUUUCAUACCAAACCCAGUGUUCUGAAAUUGUCAUCUUUCCAAACCUUCCUGUUGCUCUUCUGGUUGACAGGAUGGGAAGUAAACACAUUAUGUUGUUUUAGUUUCUGGAGUUCCUUGCAAUGCCGGUGACAGAAGAGAUGGGCAAGGCGGAAGGGAAUAUAGUUGUGUUGUAAAGUUACCAUCCUACUAGCAUUGCCUGGGGAAGCAAGAAGAAGCAUAUAUGUCAUUAAAGGAGAUUAUUUGGAAAAAAAA